AUGGGAGUCGAUGUUGGAGCCCACAGUCAUCGGGUACAACGCUGGGAUCAGCGCGUGCGAGAAGGGCAGGCAGUGGCACAGGGCUCUUGCACUACUCAGCGAGAUGCGGCAUGCGAAGUUGGAGCCCAACGUCAUCUCAGCUACAGCGCCGGGAUCAGCGCCUGCGAGAAGGGCGUGCAGUGGCAGCGGGCUCUGGCGCUGCUCGGCGAGAUGUGGGAUGCCAGGCUGGAGACCAACGUCAUCAGCUACAGCGCUGGGAUCAGCGCGUGCGCUAAGGGCGAGCAGUGGCACAGGGCUCUGGCGCUGAUCGGCGCUGUGCGGGAGGCGAGACUGGAGCACACCGUCUCAGCUACAGCGCCGGGAUCAGCGCGUGCGAGAAGGGCGAGCAGUGGCAGCGGGCUCUGGCGCUGCUCCGCGAGAUGUGGGAGGCCAAGCUGGAGACCAACUUAG